UAAAACGAGAAUGGCGGCCAAGUUACUGGUAGCGGUUGUUUUCCUUUGGCUCUCUUGCUGUGUGUUGGUGACCUUUAGUGAAAACAUAGACAAAGGUGGAACACAAGGUGAAUCUCUUGACCCACAAACUAUUAUUUCAAGACUGCUGGUUUUCACAGCAGUAACAGUUUGUUUGGUGUUGCUUAUGAAGUGGUAUUUUGGUGGAGGAGUGUGUAGAAGCAAGGCAAGAUUAGAUGGCAAGACUGUUGUUGUAACAGGGGCAAACACUGGAAUAGGAAAGGAGACUGCUUUGGAUCUAGUUAAAAGGGGUGCUAAGGUCAUUUUGGCUUGUCGAGAUGAACAGAGAGCCACAGAUGCAGCAAAGGACAUUAUUGCGGAGACUGGAAGUGAUAAAGUCCUUGUUAGAAUUGUUGACCUGUCUUCCUUUGAGUCUGUGAGAGCCUUUGCUAGGCUCAUCAAUGAAACUGAAGAAAGAUUAGACAUUCUUGUAAAUAACGCUGGCUUUAUUGGGUCUUACCAAUUGACUAAGGAUGGAUAUGAAAGCAUAUUCCAAGUAAACUAUCUCAGCCAUUUUCUUCUGACACUACUUCUGUUGGACAAAAUGAAGAAAUCUGCACCAAGUCGCAUUGUAAAUGUCUCAGCCUUGGCCCAUGAAUUUAAGAGUGCUAAUCUACAACUGGAUGAUUUUGUUCUUUCGAAGGAGAAAGUCAGCCAGGGAUUUGAACGUUAUGCUCAAUCAAAAUUGGCCCAGGUAGUGUUCACAAAGGAAUUGAGCCGAAGACUGGAAGGAACUGGAGUGACAGUUUAUGCUCUUCAUCCUGGUGGUGUCAAGUCAGACAUAUGGCGGUACUUACCUAUUCUGGAGAACCCGUUCCUUAAACCAUUUGUAAUGAUUAUUACAUUUCUGUUCAUGAAAGAUUGCAAGCAAGGAGCACAGACAACCAUCUUCUGUUCAGUGGCAGAAGAGCUGGAAGGUGUCUCUGGCCUUUACUACAGUGAUUGUAAAGUCAGAGAAGGCAAUAAACAGGCAAAAGAUCCUGGUUUGGCAAAGAAGUUGUGGGAUGUCAGUGAGAGGAUCACUGGAGAAAGCUGGAAAGAAUAAGAUGAAGAUGAACAUCUUUGUAGCUAUUUAUUGGUACAUUUCUUGGUACAGUUCUUGAAACCUUGGGUGUAGUGUACAUGUAAGAGUUUUGAAUUGUUCUAGCCUUGGGUAGUCUAUGAUGAAAAGUUAAUUUUUGAGGAUGAUAAGAAUUUAUGGAUGUCUUUAUCAUUAAGAUGCUUGGUAAUACAUUUGUUUACCCUGACAAAGACUAAAGACCCAUAACCUGUGAAUUAUUAAUGCUUUACUAACUUGUGAUAUUAUGAAAAAGCCAAAAUAUAUAUGGAUCAUGACCACCAGUUUGCUUGAGGUGUUGUUAUCCACCCUAGGGGGAGGCAGAAAGGAAGGAGAGGAAAUGGGAAUAAGGAAAGUUUGUGCUAAGGCUUAAUUGACGCUCUGACCCAUUGUGAGAUCCAGCUCACUUCCCAGUUUAACCAAAACAAUGUCUUUGAUUGUGG